AGAAAAUAUUGUCCUGCAGUGAGCAAUGUGAUUUUCAUUUUGACCAUUAUCAAGAACAUCAAAAAAUAAAUUGGAGUGGAUACAAAAUUAAAAAUAUUUUCACUGGAAAGAAGUUAUGUAAGCCACUUGAUAAGCUCUGGCAAAAUAUCGGCGAAUCUCAAAACUGUCAAGAUUUCUUAAAAAAAACCGGGACAUUAUUAAUUCCAAUUUUGAAAAAUAUGACAGUUGCUGGCAUCAAUUUAUCACCUCAGUUUAUGUUAAUGAGACGUGAAGACAAUAACCCAGAGAUAGCUUUAACCUUGGAUGAGAUCGUUCGUCGUUCAAAUCAAAAUUUACUCGCCAACGAACCCAUAAACAAUGAUUUGGGAAGGUUAGAAAUGGAAUUAGCAGCAACGGACCAAUCAGAAGAAGAAGAAGACGACGACAACGACGACGAAGAAGAAGAGGAAGAAAUCUUCAUGUGCUGCAUUUGUAAAGAUAGGCGUCCAAUUAUGAGAUACCAACCGUGUGGACAUGUAGUAACUUAUGAGCAAUGCAAUAUUGGAUGGCUUCAAACAAGACGGGUCGAUAGCCGAGAGCUGGAUUGUAUAAUAUGCAGGGCUAAGGUUAACUUAGUUGAGUUUGCAGAGUUGGACGUAUCAGUAUGAGUAUGAAACAUUGGUAAUUAAUUUUAAGAUAUUUUUAUUGAGGUUGAGCUGUAGUAAUCGAAUUUUUGAAGAAACUACUUAAUAAUAUAU